AUGGAAACAGUGGCAGCUCUUGCCCUUUCUUGCAACAUCAUCGAACUUGUGGUGCUCGCCGGGAAGUCUUGCGUACUGAUCAAGCAGGUAUGGGAUUGCAAGACCUUGCCGGCUCACGAGGAGUUUACAUCGGCAAUCCUCUUGCUGGAACAAAAUGUCGAGGCUCUCGAUGCCUUCUUGACGGAUGCCCAGAACCCAAGCUACAUCGCACUUCCACGGGACAAGGAAAUACUUCUUCUGGCAAAGAACUGCCGCAGACUAGGAGUGGAAUUGAGGCAGAAGAUUGAUGCAUUGAGAGCCCGCAAAACCGAUACGAGAGGGGAAAAAUUUGAGAAAACUUUACAGACUUUGUUUGGAAAAGGCAAAGUCUAUGAUCUUCAGCGCAGAUUGGAUGAGCUGCGCAAGGCUGUUGACACAGCUUUACUUGUUCGAACUAAUCAGCUUUUGCAUGUAUCCACACUCCAGACGAACUCAAGUUUAAGAGAAAUAUCGGACAAACUUGCUCACGCGCUUGCAGAUUUUGCGGCUGAAUCUCGUGCGACAGACUCUGGUUUACGGCAACAUAUCACGGUCGAAACAACAACCAGCCAUGUAAAACUAGCAGAUUUAUUGACGGAACAAAAUAGCAGACUUAGACUGGACAACGCCAUUGAAGGCGACUUGAGUCGCCAACUAACCAUUCGACAAGGGCGUUUGACUCGGCGCGACGCAGCAAAACAUAAUAACUCAGCUGAACGCUGUGUCAAGCUCGAGCUCCAGAAAACGAGAUCCUUUUUCCUAAAACAUAGUCAAUGGACUCGCCAUCGAGAAAUCGAGAAUGAACAACGUUUAGGUUUCAUCUCCAGUUUGAGAUUUCCAGAAAUGAAUGCACGACGUAACCAGAUAGUGGAUCCCCAUUCUCAGACAUUUGAGUGGAUUUUUAACGAAAGCAUUGAGGGACCAUGGGAUAGUUUCAGACAAUUCCUACAGACCCCAUCUUCAAUAUAUUGGAUCAACGGAAAGGCUGGCUCAGGAAAGAGCUCUCUGAUGCGCUUCAUCUGCAGCCAUGGCAAAUGCCAGCAAAUACUAGACAUGUGGUCUAAGCCAAAGAAGACAUUGACCAUAAGCUGGUAUUUCUGGAACUCAGGAACAGAAUUUCAGAGAAGUCUCAAAGGCGCGCUGUGUUCCUUGAUACAUCAAGUACUAUCACAUGACCACGAUCUGGCUUCAAAGCUUUAUCACACCCACAUGCUCAAUGUCACCGUCUUUCGCAAAGAGAAUGCUACAGACUGGUCAGUUGGGGAGCUAGUCUCGUUGUUCGAGUCAGCUCUCGAGUUAGCUCAAACCCAUGUGAUCAUUUUCUUAGAUGGUCUCGACGAGUUCGAUCACAAUCAAGACAUAACUUGCCUCCUCGUUCUGCUUCAGAAGGUAACGCAACAAUCACAUAUCAAAGCUUGCGUUUCAAGUCGGCCAGAAAAGCACCUCGAAUAUCAUUUGGACGCCUAUCCCCAGUUAAGGCUGCAAGAUCUCACCGGUAAUGACAUCAAAACAUUUGUGAUCGAACGACUUCAAUCUUGCACGUGUGGGAUGGGAAGACCUGAGAUCCAAGAUCUUGCAGAAAGGACUCGUGAUCGUGCAUCGGGAGUCUUUUUAUGGGUUCGACUAGUCACCGACCAGCUCGUGCGAGGCCUUCAUCAUGGCGAUACUCGAGAAAUUUUGCUGGAGCGACUUGCGAAGUUGCCACCAAAGAUGGAAGCGCUCUAUGAGCAUAUGUGGCGAUCCUUAAAUGGAGAUGACAAUCUUGAAACAUAUCGACAGCAAGCGGCCAGGUGUUUAGCUUUUCAUCAAGUCUUCCCAUUGACGGUUUUUGAGCUCGUGGUAGCCUUGGAUGAUGGCAUCCAACACGCUUUCAUUGACACAGUCAGCCAAUCCUCAGAACUCAAGCCGAUCCUCCAGAAGUGUGUCGAAAUGGAAGACAUGUUGAAGACCCGAUGUGCUGGUCUUCUCGAGAUAUCGCAUGCACCAGACUCACAAUCUGUCGACCUAGGGAGUCUGAUAUCUGGAAAAAGUUGUCACUCUGCUGGAUCCUCAUGUCGUAUCUCCGACCAGACAUCUGAUGGCUUGGUGUAUGUCAGCAAAGGUACGCUGAAUAAAAACGUUUCAGCAUUGAUUGAACAAUCAACCGACCACAAGAUCCUUGCUCAGUAUUUGGUUGAAAUCGGUGCUUUGGAAAUCAAUUUUAUCCAUCGUUCAGCAAGAGACUUUCUGGUUGACUCGAUAAAUGGGCGAAAAGCGCUGCAACACUGCACAUGGAAUAUCAUGGACAUCGCGACUCGACUUGUGAAUGCGUAUCUCCAGAGAAAGAUCCUUGGAUUAAGUGCACGUUUUAACGCUGAUGGGCGGUCCAAUUCGAAGUACAUUACUCUUGAUCGCCUUGUGUCCUUCAUAUUCAGCAUAGAAGACCCACAGCCUGCAAUUGUUGAUCGCCAACAUUCGCUUCUCGAACGAAUCAACUCGGUUUAUCGGACGGUCGUCGAUUCGGAGAGGACUGUCGCACUUUCGGAGUGGCAUGAAAAUUGGUAUUUCUUUUCGAGCGAGCAAAAUGGCACCUACCACUUGGACUAUUGGGGGUCGAUAGCCAGCUAUUUUUCUAACAGUUUGUGCAAUCUAGUACUACCAAGUGAUUCCAGAAAUGCUGUCACUACUACUUACUUCCUUUCAAGCGUUUGCUGGGCGCCUGAUCCAGACAUCAUAUGUUCAAGGAAUCUUCAAGCUAUACGAGUAUUCCUUAGUCAUCAAGCCGAUCCAAACUCUACUUGUAUGUACACUCAUCGGGACUAUGGUCAGUGCAGCCCAUGGCUCAGGUUUCUGCGACUCGCAAGCAGAGCGCCUAGUUACUCUGGGAUUGAAGAUCAACUUGUUUCCACGAUUGAAUCGUUUCGGAAGUCGGGCGCUGAACUGUCCUCAGUCACACAUGUGGCAUAUCAUCCCACGUCUGGAGAAUCAGAUUGUUUUGACGCAUUGAUGGGCUCCACUUUCCAUGAGCUUGGAGAGGUCAUCUUUGAAGUCAAUGCUGCACACUUUCUAGGGAGGAUAUACUCGAAAAUACAAGACCCUGCCUUGGCUUGCAGGAUUCAACAAAUGCUGGAGAGAACAACCCCACACCAACAUGCCGCACUAGUAAGAGGUGGUAAUGGUCGGUGGUUCAAGGUUAACCCUGAAGAGUCAGUGGACUUUGUAGAGCAGGUCUUGAAGAGAGAUCAGGCAGAAGCGGUGGCCCAGGACUUUGCGCUGUAUGCCAGGAAGGCUACCAUCCAAGGCACGAUAGUAAAGCCAAGAUCUUUCCUUGCUACCCGCCGUUCGGCAGCAGCUUAUGACAGAGCCAAAAGGUUUGGAGGUCUAGAGCACCUCAGAGAAGCAUCUGCUAGACUCCGGGCUGGACUAACCACAUCUUGGCUCACGUCAACGUGGGCCACGAUAGGAAUCACCUCCGAGCUAGUCAAUGGCUUUUCAGAAAUCACGCACAGUCGGAACGGUGCCACACGUUUCAUCCUUGUCGAAGACAUGAUCAAUCACCUGUCGUCAUUUCUUGAACUCCAUGGGCCGCUGUAUCUGUGCGCUCCUGCUAUGGACGAACUUUAUUCUGGUCUGUUAGACAUUUGGGAAGAAUUAGUGGAGGUCGGCAAGGAGGAGGCCGCAAAGCUGGAAGGGCGGCGACUGGAAGAAUACAAUGAGGAACUGGAGGAGUUGUUCCAUUUGCUCAACAAGCAUGGCCUAGAGCAUGCUUUGGCUAGUCGAGGAAUUAGUACAUGA